AUGUCUGAGGAGGACGUGUCGGAGACGGCGUACGAGGCUGUGGUGGUGCGGACGGGAACAUCGCCGGUGGACGAUAUCCAGGUGGAGUGGUUGCCGGAGCAGCCUUUGCCGGAACCGCAUACGCCGAUGCCGACGGUGCCGGUGGUGGAGCGUGUGGCCAAUGACGACGACUUGGCGGUGGCGGCUGCGAACGUGCGGAAGGCGUGGCUGUUGUUGGAUGCGCACGCUGUGCCGUCCCUGGUGCAGGACGAGGGGCCUACGGAGGUGGGACUGCCGAUGCGGAUUGCAAUGCUUGCAAGUGUGUUGUCGGACAUCAUCAACGAAAUGGACGCGCUGCAACACGUGGAGUUGCACUACAUCAAGGGCCAGAAUCUCGUUACCACUACCACGACGACCGCCACGCCUGCACUAAUGGAUGGACUCGGUGCACUUUCCCCUUCUAGUAGCGCACUGGCGCCAGGUGGGAUGGGAGGCGGUUCACUUCCCGGCGGUGCCUUCGGCUUCGGCCGGAACCUGCCGUUGUUCCCCUACGGGGGCCUGUAUGGUCCCCGCACCUUGACGAGACCGCCCGUUCUUACUUCGCCCUUCUCCUCGCUCUGGCCCAACGGCUCCGUCCCCAGACUCGGUGUAUCCAGCAUGCACCCGGCUCCCAUCAACCCGCACAUGUCGUUGCUCAAUUACCCGCUCUUCGGCCGACAGUUAUUCGGCGAGUCGCCCAGCCGGAACCGCGGCGAGAGGUCUGGUCAGGGAGUGGCCAGUCAGAAGACCGGAGAUGGGUCCCUGACCGGAGAUGGGUCCCUGACCACUCGUGAAGGAGCCGUGCAGGAAGACGUGAAGUUUGGCAACAGCCUGCACUCAGAGCUGCCGAGAGAUGAGAAGAGACGGAUCUGGGACAACUUCCUAUAUGAGAGCCGGAGAUCGGGGCAGUCAGUCGAAGCACAGAACAACCUGCUCCGUAGUCUACAGGAACCUAGAGGCCUUCGGGGCAAACAGGAUGGACAUAGAAACGAGGAGCAGGACCGCAAGGAACAGAAGGGGGCCGAAGGGUGGAACGAACAAGGAGUUCAUCACAAUGACAUUCCUGCGAGACCGCGAAGGUUGACCGAGGUAGCUUUGACCCACGAUGGCUACCAGGCUCUGAGCAUCAACCCCAAUGUUCGGCAGCUGGGGGAGGAGCUGAGUGACUUACUGUCGAGCUUACCGCCCACGAGGGAGUUCUUGAAGGUGUCAGAUGUGGAUGUGGGAAAGAUACGGACGAUUGGUGAGAAGAUACAGUACGCCGCAACGAUUGUGCGAAGACAACUGGCACACGGAGACUUCAACGUGCCUUUGAUCGAAGCAGCACGGCUGUAUCUAGCAACUCUCGAACAUGAAAGCCAGUCGAAGCUGAUGGAGUCGCUUAAUCGAGCCACGACCAGAGAUGACGCUGAGUUCAUCCAGUUCAAAGACCAAUAUCAAAUUGACGCAGAACUUGAAGUAGGACUUCUGCUACUUAGUCGUCUGCAAAGUGUUUUAGCCAAGUAA